UUUCAAUCCUUGGCGAAAAAGCAAACUUAAUUAACUCAUCAUUUUUAAAUAAAUACAACUGCAUCUAAUUACAUUACAAAGCAUCACCUCAUCAACAUUCAUCAUCUUUAACAAAGUUCAGCUUGAUCGUGUGUUUCAUCUAUGGAAAACCCAGUAGUUGAAGAAUUUGUACCUUCUUCAGGUUGGACGGAGGACUCAAGCACCCGUUGUCUCCUUGUUGAUCUACCUGGUUUCCAGAUGAAUGAGGUUCAGCUUCAAAUUACUGGCUCUGGCAAAUUGAUGAUCAGUGGAGAAAGGAAAGUAAAUGAAGACAAAAUUGUUUUUUUUGAGCAAACCUAUACAGUGCCAAAAAAUACGGACUUGGAUAAUACCACUGGAAAAUUCAGUGAUGAGAUUCUGUAUGUCACUGUCCCAAAGCAAGUGGUAGAAGAAAAGAGAACAGAUGAGAAUGUAGAAGAAAAGAGAACAGAUGAGAAUGUAGAAGAGAAUGGAACAGAUGAGAAUGUAGAAGAAAAUGGAACAGAUGAGAAUGUAGAAGGAAAUGCCAGUGGCUCCCAAAGAGAAGACGAGAAGAAAAGCAAGGGAAAUGCCAAUGUAGGGUUCUCUGAAGAGACCACAAAGGAUUUGAAGAAUAAAUCUGUGACAUGUUUGGAAAAUGUUGUGGAGAUGUUUAAAAGAAAUAAGGGAAUUCUUAUGACAGCCAUCUUGUCAUUUUCACUAGGGGUAUUGGUAACACGUAAGUCGGAAUCAACUGGAUACUGAGUUAGCUCUCGACCCUGUAUUGCUUACAUAUACUAUCUGCCUUUCAUCUCAUAUUAUACCCGAAAGCAUCUGCAUUUCGAUCUAUGUACAGAAUAAAAAUGCUUUGUAAAAAUCCAAACAAAUGAUAACUAUUCAUAACGUCCUUUUCUUCCUC